UAGUGAAAAGUGGACUGACGUUAACGCCAAUCUGUUCACCAUUUUCUUCUUCUUCUACUAAAUUCUCCCUUCUCCCCCGUCACUUUCACACCUCACUUUACUAUAAACACCGUCAAAAUUAACCACCACCACCAAAUUUCUACACAAAUCAAUUAAUUUACUUCUUUAAAAAAUAAAAAAAAUACUAAACCAUUAUUAAACUUAAUAUAUCUGAUUAUUUAUCAGAAGAUAUUAAUUUGCUGAUAAAAUUGAACACAUCACCCCGCUAAUCUCGCAGAAGACUUCAUCUCCUAAAUUAACUCUGCUCACACGUUCCAUGUCCGAACAACAACUAAAACAACACUCUUCAUUACAGUUUUUAUCAUUACCAGCUUAAACUCAUGUCUCGCUUCUUCAUCUUCUUCGCUCUGUUUCUUUUUCUUUUCUCCUCCAUUUCCAUGUCCUUCCCUUACGAUAUCUCUUACUACAUUGACUGCGGCGGUCCCACUAACACCACAGAUCCGUUCAACACCACCUGGCUCUCCGACCGUUUCUUCACCGGCGGUUCCACCUCCGUCGUCUCUGAGCCACUCCACUUCCAUUUUCCUCAAGAGAAAAACCUCCGUUACUUCCCUCUCUCCUCCGGCAAGAAGAAUUGCUACAUUCUCCCGCUCCCUAACGGCCGUUACUACGUCCGUACGUUCACCGUUUACGACAAUUACGACGGUAAAUCUCACUCUCCGAGCUUCGACGUCUCCGUUGAAGGCACUCUUGUUUUCUCGUGGCGGUCUCCCUGGGGUGAGGAUCUAUCCCGCGACGGCGCUUACUCCGAUCUUUUCACGUUCAUCAACGACGGCGAAGCUGAUAUUUGUUUUUACAGUAUUGCCACUGACCCUCCCGUUAUCGGAUCGUUAGAACUCCGUCAAAUCGACGCUUUAUCGUAUGACGCCGUUAAUAUUGGAAACAGCACAAUUCUCGUGAACUAUGCACGGUUAUCUUGUGGCUCUACACAGUGGGGCCCAGGGUUUAGUAAUGACGCCGAUGAUUUCGGAAGGUCAUGGCAAUCAGAUUCAGUAUUCCGAACAGCAAAACCGUCGGCGAAGGCGACGGAAACGGUGUCGUUUCGUUCUUUAUCUACACGUGAGAAAAUAUCCGGUACGGCUCAGCCACCGAAUUACUUCCCAAUGAAGCUAUAUCAGACGGCUGUUACUGGAAACGGAGUUUUGGAGUAUGGAUUAACGGUUGAUGCUAAAUUAGAUUAUUUAUUAUGGUUUCAUUUUGCUGAGAUUGACUCUAGUGUGACUAAAAAGGGGCAGAGAGUGUUUGAUGUAGUGGUGAAUGAUAAAAAUGUUAGCAGAGUUGACAUUUUCGCGGCGGUCGGGAGUUUUGCCGCGCAUAGUUUGAGCUAUACUGUGCAUAAUCUGAGUAAUACUAAUUUGACUGUGAUGAUUGUCCCGGUUGUUGGUGCGCCCUUGAUUAGCGGAAUUGAGAAUUAUGCUUUAGUACCUAAUGAUGUUUCUACUGCUCCUGAGCAAGUUGCUGCUAUGAGAGCAUUGAAAGAGUCUCUUCGAGUUCCGGAUAGAAUGGGAUGGAAUGGUGAUCCUUGUGCUCCUUCGAGUUGGGAUGCUUGGGAAGGAGUAACUUGUCAUCCCAAUAAAGAUGGAACUGCGCUUGUUAUAUCUCAAAUUGAUCUUGGAAGCCAAGGAUUGAAAGGGUAUAUAAGUGAUCAGAUUAGUCAGUUGUCAAACUUGGUAAGCCUGAAUUUGAGUACUAAUUCUUUAGGAGGAACUCUUCCACCAGAGCUAGGUCACAAAGCACUUAUUCGGUUGGAUUUAUCAAACAAUCAAUUCACCGGUCCGAUACCAGAAAGUCUCACAUUCUCCAGUCUACAGCAAGUGUUAUUGAAAAAUAACUUAUUGGAAGGUCGAGUACAAGAGGAGCUGUAUUCUAUCGGUUUGCAUGGUGGAACUAUUGACCUUUCAGGCAACAAAGGUUUGUGUGGAGUCCCCUCUUUGCCGGAGUGCUCAUUGCUUUGGGAAAAUGGGCAUUUGUCCACUGGCAGUAAAAUUGGAAUAGCCUUAUCAUCUCUUCUGGUCAUCUCAGUGCUUAUCUUAGUGGUAUACAUAUACAUCAAAAGGAGUCGAAAUGAUUAUGACUUUGCUCCCCCUCACGAUUUAAUGUCAAUGGCCGCGAAGAGAAACAGAUACCAGAGACAGAAAUCAUUGAUGCAUCUAGAAAUGGAGAGCCAACAUGCGAAAGGAUUGGCAUCACCAUAUGGUCCCUAGUAAGAGCAAUAUUAUUAUCGGCAAGUAAAUUAUUAUUGAAUGAUAUUGAUAGUACGAAGAGGGCAUAUAGAGAACGGGACACUUAAAUUAUACAAAAAUGCACAUAUACAUAGGAUCUGAGCUGAACAUACUCCUUUUCAUGGGGUUUUUGGAAUCUUUUGGCAGCUACAACAAAAGAUGGGGUCUCUAGAAAUAACACUGUCGAUAAAAUUUAAUGUAUGCAAUGUAUCUCAUUUUUAUUCUUACUCGCAUAAAGAAACAAGAUAAGCCUAGGAUUCUGAUGAUGUAUCAUUACCCGUUUUGAGGCAUUUAGAUGACAAAAUACUUACCUAGAUUAUAUUUAUCGAGCUAUCCGUGGAUUGAGCCAAUUAUAUUUUAUGUAGUUAGAAGAAUAGCGGUCCGUGGUGAUGUCAUUAUUCGAAGAUUAUCUUCAAAUAUCUUGCAAUCAUUGGUUUACUUGCAGCUUUUGAUCUGAUAUGAAA